UGUAGUGAUAUUACCGAAUACCAUAUCCAUAUGUAUAUGUACAUGUAUCAAGAAAACAUCAAUAAGGAAUCACAGAUCACAAGCAUGCAUAUUCUCUCACUCCCACACACACUGACACACAAAAAAAAGCUGCAGCUUAGCGUGAUCUCUCUCAUUAGGUAGCUCACAAGUAACGAACCUAGAGACCCUCUUCACCAUAUGACAAUCCAAUCCUCUUCCACUCUAUAUAAACAUCAAUAACACUUAUAUAGAACAAACAAACAGUACCCAAACAUUCUCAAAAUCAUACUUUCACAUAACACAUAAAAGAUAAAGAAGAAGAUGGCAGACUCGUCCAGCUCUUCCAAGUCGAUCAUCAUGAAGGUGGCAGUGAUGGUGAUCAUGCUCGUUGUGGUUGCAACAACGGUGGUCAAUGGACAGAGCUGCAAUACACAGCUGAGUGGACUGAACGUGUGUGGUGAGUUUGUGGUUCCAGGAGCUGACAGCAGGAACCCGAGUGCCGAGUGUUGUAAUGCUCUUGAGGCAGUGCCAAACGAAUGCCUUUGCAACACGUUUCGCAUUGCAUCUAGGCUUCCUUCUCGCUGCAACAUCCCUACACUUUCCUGCAGUUGAUAUGGGAUAUCAAUCCUUGACGUUAUAUGAGAAGCAUAGAAGGAGAUGGAUAUAUAUCUAAGACUAAGAAUAAAAACUCGGAGUUUGAGUUGUUGUUUUUCUUUCUUCUU